UGAAUGUACGCAAAUCCCAUCGGGAAGAUAAGGUUGAACAUACAAAGAGACCGUCGGUUUUUUGGGUGUUUCCCCGAGGCAUGCAAGUAAGCAGCGAGUCUACGUGAAGAUGGCUGUAACGUCUGGUCAGUCAGAUCGCACUCUUUAUCACGUGCAGAUGCUUAACAACGUGUGUUUGCGAGUUGCUGGAAAUGGAAAUGAAACCGUUUCACACUACCGUCAGUCAGUUCUUUGCCACUAUUGUGUGUCUUUUUCCGCUGGCCUGCAGUGUAGCGUUCUUCCGGGAUUGUGAACCUGAGCAGCGGUGUGUGCAGCUGGCGCUGUGUGGUCAGUACCUUCAUUAUGUCAACGAAGCCCCAAAGUACUGGCCACCCAGCGUACGGCAGGACGCUCUCCAGCAGCUGUGUGACGUGCAAAUGGCCGUGAAUGGGUCGAAGCUCUACUACAUUUGCUGCAAUCGCAAGGAAAUACUUUGUGGUGUUUCAAGAGUGCAACUGAUCGCCUAUGGUCAGCAAGCUCAAGCUUACGCCUUUCCGUGGAUGGCUUUGCUCGAAUCGAGCAAAACAGACGAGCAUCCGUGCGGUGGCAGCCUCAUAAACGAUCGCCACGUCCUGACGGCAGCGCAUUGCGUCAAGACGCGCAAAAUCUUUGGUGUUCGCGUUGGAGUGCAUGAUCUGAGCGAUGAUCGCAACUGUGACGAGAGGAUCCAUUUCCCAGCCGACGACGAUUAUGGUAGCGAUGACAGCACCGAGGCAGAUGCCGAUGAGUACUCCAGCAGCUGUGGACCACCGGCCCAGCGUAUUCCUGUCGAAGCGACAGUGAUUCAUCCGAAAUAUAGUCCGCGUACGAAACGCAACGAUCUAGCCAUCAUCCGACUGCAGUAUCCCGCCAUCAUCGGGUACAGCGUUAUCCCGAUAUGUCUACCGUUGACGGAGCAACUUCGGGCUUAUAGACCAUCGGACGCGUUUGUUGCUGGCUGGGGUAUGACGGAAUCCGGUGAACGAUCAGCCGUGCUGCGGUACGCGGUUUUACCGGCGCUUUCGCUUCCGGAAUGUGCGAUGAGGAUCAAAGAACUGGACCAGCUAAUCGUCCUCGAUGAUGCACACGUAUGCGCGGGAGGAAACAACAAAUCGGCCCACUGCAGUGGGGACUCAGGAGGACCAUUGCAGUACAUAUCCGAUUCAACGAGGUUCGUCCUGCAAGGAGUCGUUUCGUUUGGGGUGAAAACGUGCGGUAUCAAGAUUGCUCCUGGGGUGUUUGCAAAUGUUUCCAACUUCAUCGAUUGGAUCGUACAGGAGGCAAACAUAUUGACAUGAGCGUCCUGAACAGCAACAUCUACGAAAUGGGCUAACGGCCGACGUAUUUCAAAUGUAGAGCAAAGGAUCAUUGGCCUAUGAACAAAGCUGCUGUAAGUAACAUUUGCGGUAAGGCAUUACCAUAUGAAUAAACUGAACUCGACAUAAAGCUGAAUU